CUUGAAGCAACAACUUCUAAUAAUCUCACAUUUACCUCCAUCUAAUUAAUGGAAUUCAUGGAACAUGGAAUGGGUAAAGAUGAAGAUAAAGAGAAGAUGAACAUAUAUGCUAAUGUACAUUCUGUAAACAUUCAUGAUGUCAGGACAGAAACAGAGAACACCAGGAAACACCAAACACCUCAACACACAGGAACUGAUUGUGUGAAGAUCAGAAGAUACAGAACAGCUGUGGUGUGUUUGGUUCUGCUGUGUGUUCUUCUGCUGACUGCAGUCAUAGUACUGUGUGUCCACAUCCAUACAAACAACACACACUACACAGAAGAGAGCGAAGCGAGAGACCAGCUAGUAAACAAUAGCAUGCAGCUGACAAAAGAGAGAGAUGGAUUAUUAUCAAGUAACCGUUAUCUGAUUAGAGACCAAUUACAUCAGGAGAAAAAUGAACUGUUGAAAAGUAUUCAUGGAAUGGAUGGAUGGAUUUAUUAUCAAGCUAAUCUUUACUUUGUUUCCUCUGAGAAGAAGAGCUGGACUGAGAGCAGAAGAUACUGUAUGGAGAGAGGAGCAGAUCUGAUCAUCAUAAACAACAGAGAGGAACAAGAUUUUGUACAGAAAAUAUCUGCUAAUGCUAAUGUCUGGAUUGGUCUGACUGACAGUGAUGUGGAGGGCAGCUGGAAAUGGGUUGAUGGCAGCACACUGACCUCUGGGUUCUGGGAUCCUCGAGAACCCAAUGGACAUAGAGGAGAGAACUGUGCUCUGACUUAUUUACCAGGAUGGGCUGAUUAUCCAUGUAGUGAUCUUUUUCUAUGGAUCUGUGAAAAGAGCAUUUUAAAAUAAGUCAUCACAUGAACUGCAGGUUCAUGUACUAAAAUACACAUGGGUACAUUUUCCCCUAAGAACAGCAUUAUUUCAAGGAACUGCAACUGCUAGAACAUAGUUUUUUUUCCUCCAUACAGAAUAGAAUC